ACAGUUUUCCCUAUAGUUUGGAGUGGAAUCAAAAAAAGGGAAUUUUCUGAUUCAAUUAUUUACCGAAAAAGUCGUUCCGUAUUUAUGUGUACUGCCUAUCAUCCCAAACAGUCGCACGUGCUUUGUCAUUUAUGCAGUUAUUGUCAAUUCGACUCAUAUUUUCGGAGUUUUUAAUUAAUACAAAUUUUUCAAAAUUACGCACAUUUAGCAUGCCUUCCUGGUGUUACGAUUAGCACAUUCAACGCAUAUUUGAGAGGUCUAGGUUCGAAUCCUGGUCGUUUGUUCUGGGUCAUCAGAAGUUUCUGACUACUAUCAGUGUGAAAAUGAAAACAUUAUAAUGACAUGAAAGCUAUAUUGUUUCAAAAUGGCUGAUCUCAUUCAAAAUGUACAACAAGUAUAUCAGAAGUGGGAAAAGAAAUCUGCUCCAAAUGCCAGAUACAGAAAAAACCGAAAUCAGUUUCCUCAUUCUGUUUCAAGAACAAAUAAUGAAGAAGUUGCAUAUGUUCCAGAUCAUGGAAACUAUAGACAAAUAAGAGAUAGGAGAAACAAAUAUCGUCCAAGAAUUCAAAACUUCAAACUUCCUAAGUAUGAUGGACUUGCACAGUUUAAAAUGGCUCCUAGCAUAUUCCCUGAGAGCAAGUCUAGACCUUUCAUGGGAGGUGCAUGUGCUAAAUGUGUUCCUUUAAGCAAAGCAUCUGUUUUAGACACUUCUGUUUAUUCUCUUGGUGUGAGUAAUGCUCUACAUAUUCCCUUUUUUCACAGGAACCAUUUUAGUUUACAUAUGAAUGAUGUUUUGAAGCUUCUUAAACCUCAGAAACCAGUAUAUUUAGAUGUUUCUACUAAGGUUCUCAGCAGCAAAAGUGUUCUUUCUGCAAUAGACAAGGCAGUUGAAAUGCAGGAGAAAGAUUGUAACACAGAUGAUGAUAUUGCUAUUUCUGAAGCAAAAGUAGAAUUAUAUGAAAAAGCAAAAACAGUUUUACAUGCCAUGAAAGCAUCCAUAUCUACAUUGUGUCUGAAUCUGUCUAGUGUCUUCUUUCAUUGUAUUUUCAACAAAGUUUUUAAUGGAAUUCUAAUUCAUAAAGGCCAAAUAGAAAUUUUGAAGUCUGUUAGUCAGGAGAAUAUCCCUGUCAUUUACUUGCCUGUACAUCGAAGUCAUUUUGAUUACAUGCUGAUUUCAUUUAUACUGUACAGAAAUUCUUUGAAGAUCCCUCUUGUAGCUGCUGAUGAAAAAUCGUACAUUCCUUUUUGGAGGUACUUGAUGAAACUUUUAGGAGCUUUCUUCAUAAGAAAAAAACUUGACUGUGAUCAAAAUGAGACUGAUUAUGUAUAUAAAGCUGUUUUGCAAAGUUACAUAGUUGAAAGCUUAAAAUCUGGUCAGAACUUAGAAUUUUUUACUGAAGGUGAUCGAUCAAUAUCAGGGAAGCCUCGGCUCCCUAAAGUUGGCUUACUUUCAAUUGUGGUGGAUUCUCUUUUAAAAGGUUCUAUUGAGGAUGUAUAUAUUUCACCUGUUUCCAUAAGUUAUGAAAAAAUCGUUGACAGAAAUUUUGUGAGGGAAUUGCUGGGUCAUCCAAAAGACAAAGAAAGUUUUUUCUCUGUUUUGCAUUCAGUGUGGAAAAUGUUACAUUUAAAUUUUGGAAUUGUGAGGGUGAAUUUCGGUCAACCAUAUUCAUUAAAGGAAUUUUUAUCUUCAUCAAAACCGAAAUCGUUAACCAUACCUGAUGAUAAUUCUUCACCAGAAUCGGCAUCAUCAGACUCAUCUAAUCCAAUAAACAAAGACCUAAUUAAAGAGCAACAUCAAGCUUUAGUGAAAAAACUAGCCCAUCAUGUUAUAUAUGAUGCUACGUUUUCUACAUCUUUAAUGAGCACUCAUCUAUUGGCAUUUCUCUUUGUCACUCGCUACCGAAAGGGUGCAACUCAACAGCAACUACAGAGUGGCAUGGAAUGGCUCAGAGCUCAGUUGCUUAUUAAGAAACAUGAUUUAGGGUUUACUGGAGAAUCCUUACCAGCCAUUAAAUAUGCCGUGGACUCCUUAGGAAAUAACCUUGUUAUGUCAGAAACAAUAGAAAUGGAAUGGACAUCCAGUGAUUUAGAAAAUAAUAAUGUAAAAGUUAUAGUAUAUAAACCAGUUAUGAAACUUCCACAUGUGUUGGAGCUCCAGUAUUAUGCUAACUCUGUUGUUCCUUUCUUCUUGCUUGAAAGUAUGAUUGUGAAUUCCCUGUACCGUUUAGUUGAUGUCGACAUUUGCCAUUUUCGUCUUUGUGAUAGCAAACUUUAUGUAUCUCGAGACAAACUUAUUGAUAAAGCUUUGGAAUUAAACAGCAUGCUUCAAUAUGAGUUCAUUGCAGCCUCUCCAUGUGCUGAUGUCAGUCUGCUGCUAAACGAUGUUCUGGAUGAACUCAUUGAAAAGGAAUAUCUGCAUGUUGCUGGGGCAACAGUUGUACAUCCGAAUAGGAAUUUGAAGCAUUCCAGAAAAUCAACUAUGGCUUUUGAAGAAAGUGAUGAAGAAGAAGAACUGCAGUGUGCAAGAGACCAGCAAUUAAAAAUUGACCUUAAAGAGGAGAGUAUCUGCCAUUUAGAAUUUCUUAGGAAUAUUUUGAGCCCAUAUAUUGAAUCCUACUGGCUGUCAGCUUGUGCUUUGUUGAAAUUAAUAAAUGAGGUGAAAGAGGAGAGUGUAUUUAUUCAAGAAAUACAAGAGACUGCUCAAGAAAAAUUGUAUAAAAAUUUAUUAGCAUAUGAGGAGAGCUUUUCUGUUGACACAUUAAAAAAUUCUUUGAAGCUCUUUGAAUAUUGGCACGUGAUUGAAUUCUACAUUCAAGAUGGAGUGAAAAUUGUCUACCUUGAAGAUAAUUAUAAUAACUGUGAUAAGAUAAAUGAUAUUAUUGCAAGAAUUGAGGAGUUUAGAAAAUAAAUGUUUUGUGUUAGUGUUAUUAGAUGAUGUGUUUUUGUCAGCUAUGUGCUUUGUAAAUAUUUUUAAAGUUUUAUAAAAUGUUUUUUAAUAAACAACAGAACAAUUU